UAUAGUAGCUUGUCCUGCUGCGAUGUUGUUUUUGUUGUUACGUACUUGUAAAGACUGAGUUAAUGGGUGUUUGCUUUUGACGUUUAUUAAUUACCUCAUUGUAACGACGGUUAAUUUUUCUGUGGAAAAUGAUAGUUUAGACAUUUCAAUGACUUACCUCAGUGUGUGACCGAAAAAUCCAUUUCAUGUGGACAUAAAAAUUACGCGAACUGCAAGUGCAAUUAAUAAUUAUUACAACAUGUGGAAACUCAUCUGUACAGUUUUACUAAUGCUUUACUUUACUCAGUGUCAGGCUGAUUCAUAUGAUGACAAAAGAUGCAAGUGUAUUUGCCCGAACAUUGAUUCCGUAUUGAAUAACACGUCUAGUGAUAAAAGAGUAUUGAAUUUCGUUACGAACGUUUCAGCGGAUAAAUGUGAUUGCGAUGGAGUGGUUUUACCUAAAAUAGGAGAUAAACUGCAGGGUAAAGAGCAAAUAUAUUGCCCUAGAUGUGAUUGUAAAUAUGAAAAUAGAAAUACAACUAUUAUUAAGAUUGUAGUUAUAAUUGUUAUAUGGGUUAUAUCAUUAUUAGUCAUUUAUAUGCUGUUUUUAAUAUGUUUGGAACCAUUUCUUAAUAAGCGAUUACACAAAGCAACAGGCGGAGUUGGAGGAUAUCAAGAACAUAAUAAUGAAGAGGAUGAUACUUCUGUUGCACCUGGAAUGUCGCAUCCAAUGGGUGUGAGAGGGAAUGUUUUGAAUCGAGUUGGUCUUCAACAAGAUAAAUGGAAACGGCAAGUCAGAGAACAAAGGCGUAACAUUUAUGAUCGUCAUACAAUGCUCAAUUAAUUUGGAUUAAGUCAUUAAAUGACACCUGGGCAGUCAUGUUUUUUUUUAAAUAAAUUUAUUUAUUUAUGAUAAGAAAUGUUGAAUAAUGAGAGAAAUUAUAGAUAAAUGUAAAUAUUAUGAUUUUUUAAAGUUUCUUUAAACAUUAAACACAUUAAGUACAAUAUACUUAUAUAAGGAACUAUUCCAUGAAGUAUAUAUUUUAACUCAUAAUAAUGUAACUUAUUUUAAAACAUCUAUUAAUAAAAGCAUUGGUAAUGUAAGUUGGUA